GGGCGCGCACGGUCGCACUAAAAUAAUUCGAGUUUUUUGUUGUUGGGGUAUUAUAAUUUUUGGGGGACAAUUAAUGCUGAGCCUGGCAAAAUAAACUGUGGAUAAUCCCGAACCGAGUGCCGGGGAUCGCGGCCAUGAAUUUCCCGCUGACGAAUGCCAACAAGGACACAUUGAGGGCCGCCUGCAAGAAAUGCGGCUACGCCGGUCACCUGACCUACCAAUGCCGCAAUUUUCUCAAGGUGGACCCCAACAAGGAGAUCCUGCUGGAUGUGGAGAGCACCAGUUCGGACUCGGAGCUGGACUACCUCACGCCGCUCACCGAACUGCGUGCCCAGGAGCUGAAAGGAGGCGCCGAAGUGCCAGUGCCAUCGGUGCCGCCGAUGGCGACCGCCAAGGAUAGAAACAGCAAGGAUAAGAGUCGGGACAAACUCAAGGAGAGGCAGAAGGAGAAGGACAAAGACAAAGACAAGGAACGCGACCGCAAGAGGAGCAGCUCGAAAAGAGGCCACGACAAGGUGGCCCACAAAGACAAGGCGGAGAGGGACAAGAAGUCAUCGUCCUUGCGGCACAAGAAGAGCAAGAAAAAGAGCCGAAAGCACAAAAAGUCCAGCGGCAGCGAGUUGGCCAUAAGCAAAACCAAAACCAAAACGGGCAAACGACCCAGCAGCGGCAGCACCAGCAAAAAGUCAAAACGACGCCGCUCCUCCUCGACAUCCAGCUCGUCAUCCUCAUCGGAUUCGUCCUCCAGCUCGUCGUCGUCCUCGUCGGAUGAAGACUCUAGCGAUUCCUCCGAAUCCGAGUCGGAUUCCAGCGACAACGAGGAGUCGAGCACCAGCGAAUCGGACGAGUAUGGCCGAAAGAAGAAGCGUCAGGGCAAGUACAAGCGCAAAUCCACGGACACGGCCAUGUUGCGCCGCAAGAAGUCCAAGGUGAAGCGGAAGCGUCAUCGCGCCGGGGGAUCUGGUGCUCCAAACGCCGGCAGCAGCUACCUGAGCAGCCUCAGCGACAGCAGCACCUACUGAAGGAUCUGGAUCAGCGUUAGAAUCAGGAUCAGGAUACACAGCUGCCUCCCAAAGCACUCGCUCCGUAAACUAGUUCGAUUUCCGUUUAGCCGUAAGAGGAGGACCAGAACACCUGCCUGUUCCUCCAUCUUCCACAGAGAGACUGCCUCCAGUUGCAGGCCCACAACUUCCCUCAAAACUCUUCCCCGGAAUACGAAAAGCAAACACUAAACCCUAGACUUGUCCUAGCCCUUAAGUUUCAGCAUAAUCUGCUGCAAAUACAACAAAUUAGAUUGUACACGAGGAA